AUGGACUCUAAUUAUACAUCCAGCGAGAAGCUGUCAGUGGCACAGCUGGCUUCGGUCCGAAGAUCUGUCUGGAAUGAAAAAGCGUCCCAUCCUCGUCUGCUAAAGAUGGAAAUGGCUGCCCACCGGUCGACGUGUCAAGAGUACAACAUUAACAUACUAAAGCAUUUAAUCAACUUAGAGAAUCAAACGAGGCCGUCCUGGGAGAGCUUUAAAUCGCAGCCGGAAAUGACACUGCAGAUGCGGACUCUAAUUUUCGAUUUUAUCAUGUGCUGCCAUACACGGCUAGAACUUUCACCAUCUACGCUUUUCCUAUGCUAUAACAUUAUCGAUAGAUACCGGUCCAAGGUUGUUGUCGGAUCAUCUACCUGUCAGUUAUUAGGUUUAACAGCACUAUGGCUGGCAUCCAAGUUUGCUGAUAAGAAGCCUCGGAUUCCCAGCCUUCAAAGCCUCUGCUGUCAUCAGUAUACAAAACAGCAGUUUAAAGAAAUGGAGCUACAUAUUCUGAAGAGUUUGGACUGGUCGGCGUGUUCUGCUCCAACUCAUGAUUCGUUUGUAGAUAUUUUAUUGAACACGAAACUAGGAAAACUCGAUUUCGAGAACUUGGACCUCAACGAUCUGAAGUAUGGUGCUACAAUUCUUUGUGAACUGUCAUGCUUCGACCCACACCUCAAUUAUAACUAUAAUUCUAGUGCCAUUGCGUUAGCAAGUGUUACGAUUAUUACGUGCGCGUUGAAGCUGCAAACAUACGGCAAGUUCCAAAGCUACAAAACUUGUACUGACGAUCCAAACCUUGUUGCAAUUUGCAAUAAGCUAAUGAUGCAGUUGCAAUUUGAAGAGUCUCUACCAUCUAGUUUUAACAUGAAAUAUGCAACAAGGGCUGGUAGUUUACAAUCAAAUUCAAUCAUGCAUGCUUUAUUUCAAUAUUACAAGAGAUUAAUUGCUGAACAAAAACGUAAUUUCCUUGAGGGCGCCACACUAUUGCAGCCUCCUCCAAUUACAAGUUCAUCUAACCCCGAUGUUCUCGGUUCCAAGAAUAGAUAUCCUAAGUACCGUGGGGACUCACCAUCUAUUAACUCUUCGCCUGGUCACAACAACGCAUCGCCGACAAGAGCUCAUACUGCCAAAAACUUUGUGCCUCUAACUCCUACUACGCCCAAUUCCCUCGCAUCGAGCACAAAGCAGGCAGAAGACUCGUCUUCAUCUCCUUACGCAUCUACUAAAUCAAUAGCUACAUGUGUGUCGUCUACUAAAAGACCCCGUCCUAUUUUCCAAUCGGGAAUUUCCUCAAUCAGACCACAUACCCAAUUCCAACCAGGUCAUAAAAAGAGAAAUUCAUCAGUCAUGGAUAUCGAUUUUUUUGAAAUAGAUCAAGUUUCAGUGAAAAGAUUACAUUAG